CGUAAGAGGCGGUCCCCCGUGUCGGCUGCCGCAGUAGCAGCGGCUUAAGCUCCAGUUCCCAGGUUGCCUCGCGGCUCCAUUUGAGCCCCAUCUUGAGCGAGGGGAGUGAGCAGUUUGAAUUUCAGCUCCUUCGGCACAGCGCUGGAGAGCGCAGCGCGCACGGACUUUAAAGAAGGGGGAGAGAAAGAAGAGAGUGUGAGGAGGAAAAAGGGCCCGACCGGCUCCUCCUCGCGAGCCGCUCCGUUGUCGGCGCAGAGAGAGCAGAGGGAGCCGCGUCUAGGAGGCCCGCCCGCCUGAGGGGGCCGCUGUGAGCCGGGCUGGUUCCUCCCCCCUUUUCCUUCCCUCCUCCCGAGAAGAUGCGUCUGGUGCUGAUCUCCAGGUAGACAGCGGAGGCAGGGCGGCCUGCGCCUCACUUGCGCUUGCCGGCUGCCGCCUGCUGCUGCCGCCGCCCCUCUUCCCCGAGACCCGACGGACGGACAGCGGACGAACUAGCGGCCUUGUGCCCGCCUCGGGGACCGCGGGUCUCGCCGGAAACCCCCGCGGCGCGAACCGGCGGAGAGCGCCACCCCGGCUCUCGGAGCCCCACAGCCGGCUGUGUGAAGAGAGCCGCGGCUGCGAAAGGGGGACGGCGGGGCGCUGCUGAGGGAAGGAGGAGGAGGAGGAGGUGGCGCCGCCCGCCGAGGGGGCCGCAGCCUUACUCGGGGGGAGGAAGAGGAGGAGCUCGGCCGCCGCCCCCCUUCCAUUCUCCUCUGCCUCUCCCUUUCCCCCCAUCGCCAACCCCAGGCCUGGUGGUGGCCGCCUGCUGAGCCGGGGCUGCGUCGCGAGGGCCGGAGGAAUGUGCGAUACCGCCGGCGACUGCGCUCUAGACAGAACGUGAUCCUCCCCUCCGCUGCGCCAGGGCCGGCUCGGACUUCUGCCUUCCCCGCCUUUUAAUUUUUUUGCUCUUUGCUUUUCUCCGCCGGCUCCGGCGAGGGCAGGUGGGCGGAACCCCCAUCCUCAUUCUCUCCCCCCCACUCCCGACGACGACGACGACUUAUCCUCUUUUAUUCUCCCGUGGAAAGUACCAUGUCCAAGAUGCCGGCCAAGAAGAAGAGCUGCUUCCAGAUCACCAGCGUGACGACGGCCCAGGUGGCCAGCAGCAUCACCGAGGACACCGAGAGCCUGGACGACCCGGAUGAAUCCCGCACCGAGGACGUUUCCUCCGAGAUCUUCGACGUGUCCCGCGCCACCGACUACGGACCCGAAGAUGUCUGCGAGCGCAGCUCCUCCGAGGAGACCCUCAACAACGUGGGCGACGCGGAGACCCCGGGGACAGUCUCUCCCAACCUGCUCCUGGAUGGGCAAGUAGCUGCUGCCGCCGUCGCCGCGGCCUCCGGAGGGAUACAGCCGCCGCCUUCCCCUGCUGUGCCGACCGCCAACGGAGGAGCUGUUCCCAGGAGCUCCGCGGUGCUCCCAGCGGCUGCCGCCCCGGCCUCUUCAGCGGCAGUAGGAGGCAGCACUGCGCAGGCAGCUGCUGGCUCUGGAGCCAUGCCUCUAACGGCUGCCGCCGCAUGCAGUUCCCGCUUUAGGGUGAUUAAGCUGGACCACGGUACAGGAGAGCCCUAUAGAAGGGGGCGAUGGACGUGUAUGGAAUACUAUGACCGGGACUCCGAGGGCGGGGCCGUUUUAGCCAGGACUGGGGAUUGCAUUAGACACAACAGUACUUUUGAACAAGCUGUUCAAGAUAGGGAUAGUGGCCUAGGUGCUACUGGUGGCUCUUUGAUAGUUUCGGGGGUUGCAACUUCGGCACAUGGCCCCGACUCCCUGGCUGACAGCUCUCUUGCUGCUGUGUCACAGCUACUCCAGCCAGAGAAAAUAAACCAACCCUCUCCACAGCAACCCAAUUUUGUCAUUGGGCAGCAGCCCAUAGGCGGGGCUGUGCCUCACAGUAAUGCUCAGCCAAUCUAUUCAGGGGCUACUGCAGCGAGCCAGCAAAUGAUGGGGCCUCCGCUGCAGACCCAGGCACAGGUAAAUGCACAGAACAUGGGACAGGCUGGACCUAAUGGGAAAGGCAUGCCACCUUCGAAUGUAGCGAUAGCCCAGACGAGUUUGCCUAUGCCGCAACAGCAGGUACAGCAAGGUAAUGUACCUGUGGCUCAGACUCAGCAAUUUGCUUAUUCUCAGUCGCAGAUUCCACCAGUGCAUCUGGUGCCAGCCCAAACUCCUGCCCAGCCGGAAUACAUUCAACAUAUGACAGUAAUGCAGUCUCAAGGAGCUACUCAACAGACCGUCUCAGGUUCUGUCCCGAGCACUGGAGCGUCCGGUCUUCCAGCAGCACAAAUAGCUGGUCCGAAUCCCUCACCCAUAGCACCAGUGAUGGGAGUUUCUUCGCAAACUGGUGAAACCGUAGGACAGGUAUCUGGGCUAUUGCAGGGUGGCCUGACAACUCCAAUCCAGACUGUCAUUCCUCAGCCAGGAGGUGUGGUGCAGCAAGGCAUUGGCCAUGCGGGGGUUGUGCAACAGAAAUCUAUGACUCAGCAGCAAAUGGGUGGAAGCAGUCAAGUGGCUGGUGCUCCUCACAGUAUAGUUUCUGGAGUUCAGAAUGUGCCUGCAGCUGUACCGGGUACUAGUGUGCCCAGUGUGUCUACAACUUCUGUUACUAUGCCAAAUGCCCCUGUUACUUUAGUCCAGUCCCAGCUGACCAGCCAUACAUCUGUCAGUAGGAGCUCCAGUGUUGUCCAGCAACAUGUUGGCCUUCCACUAAUGCAAGGCACAACCAAUGUACCUGCAAAUCUGCCACAAUCUAACAUUGGACAAUUUCCAAAUCAACCUUUAGGCCAGAUUGAUGAUACUAGAAGAAAAUCUGAACCCCUACCUCAACCACCACUUUCUCUUGCUGAAAAUAAACUUCUAGUGAAGCCACCUAUUCCGGACACUUUAACAAACCCUCUUAAUUUACCUGCAACUACUCCUAUGAACAGUCUUGCCAGCUCUGUCUUUGGCAUAUCUAUUCCUGUUGAUGGUGAUGAAGACAGGUACAAAGUGUUUAUAUUAAAUGUGAUCUAUCCAGAGAGGUAGCGAUAGAUCGAAAGUGCUAGCCACUCAAGGCACUCAGAGGAAAAUGAAAAGAGAAAAAGCACAGAGGUGGGGAGGAGACAUAAAACAAGGAAAUGGUGUGAAAAGAGGAGACUGAAGCAGGUAAGUUGGUCCAAAGAUGGGGGAGGCAAGAAGAAAGGGAAAACAAAGCUGGCUUUAGACCCAACCAGUUGAACAUUGACAGUAUUGUUUUCUUUUUUUAAAGGAUUGACAGUAGCAGGUAACCAGCUGUUCAGGGGCAUACUUGCACUGCUUUCUGGCUUGUAUUCUGAAUAAGUUUUUACUAAAACUGUAUUAGUAACAUGGUAUGCUACACCUAUUUUCUAGAAUAAUUAGUAAAUUUGGCAGUUGACCAAGCCCUUCCUUUAGCUUAAUUGCUGGUGCAAUAUACUUCAGCUGCCUCUUUCAUAUUCUAAAACUGCCAGCCUUGAAGCACUAAAUACUGUAUCUCAUUAAAAAUGCAGGUCUCACAGUUUGAAAAGAUAAUAUUAGGAUCCAGGGUCAAAAUAUUAUUAAAAAUGUAUAAUAGUUACUUGAGUGGGAUACAAUGGAGGAAAUAGUUAAAUCUUCAAUGAUAAAUUGGGCCAGGGAUGUGGGACGCAAUAUUGAUUUUGCACUAUGGGAGCAGCUGGGCAAAGUCAAUAUAAAGUUUACAGCAUGCUAAACACUAAGAGAAACAUUUAUUAAGAUGCUGCAUAGGUGGUGCUUGAAACCCAAUAGACUAGUAAAAAUGUCAAAAUCAACAAAGGGCAAUUGCUGGAAAUGUAAGACAGUAGAGGGAUCCUUUUACCACAUGUGGUAGACGUGCAGUAUAAUUAAAAACUACUGGGAAAUGAUCCAUAAUGAACUUAACAAAUGUUUUAAAAAUCCUUCUCUAAAAACCCAGAAGCACUGACAAAAAAAAGAGAAACUUGUUCCUCUAUGCCAGGCACCCCCAAACCUCCAGAUGUUUUGGCCUACAACUCCCAUGAUCCCUAGCUAACAGGACCACUGGUCAGGGAUGAUGGGAAUUGUAGUCCAAAAGCAGGAUGCCUGCUCUUUGCAACAACAGCUGCACCAUAAUAUGUGUUUGCAUACUGUAUUUUAAUCAAAGUGAUCCAAAAUGCUACCUGAGCUAUAUUCAAGGUUUGAGCAUGCAGUGGAGUUUCCAACUUAAAUAUGAAGCAACCUGUGGUUUGUGUUGAAUUUUUUUCCACUUCUAGAAAUGCAUCUGUCCAGAAAAAAAUUAAUAUCAAAAUGAAUGAACAUUGUGCAACAUAAAAUUGGACAAAUGACAUAAUACUAAGCAAAUCUUAGUCAUAUUUUUUUCAAGUGACUAUCCCUAUGAUUUUUUUCACACAGCUCUUCAGUAGAGCUAAAUUUUUCAGUGCUUAUAUUUUUUUCCUUACUCCUAAAUUCAGUUUAGAUUCCAAAAUGAUGCUAUUAAGACUCCAUUCCUUAAAAUCUGUACAAGUUGUUUUUUUAAAAGAAAAAUCAAGUAAACAUUUGUUUGAAUGUGAUGUUUAAACUGCUUUAUCAAUCUUCUCCCUGCAAAAUUUAUAUUCAACUAUUUCUGGAAACACUCCUUUAUGCCGCACAUAAAAUUUGCAUGGCAUUAUUUUCCUUUUACAAGUGUAAGUCAAACACAUUGAUUUUUGUGGCAGUAGAAAAAGUUCCCUUUCAGAAUUUUCUGGAGCAAUCAAAUAAUUGCAUAAAUCUGUGCCAUAUUGCAAACUGUUUUUGUAAGUUUAUUUCAGCUCCAAAAGCAGUUUACUACAUUGCUGGGAGAGCUCCUGUCCAAAAGCUUCAUGUCAGGAGGGCUUUGGGCUUGUACAGCUGCUUGUACAUUUCUCUGAAUUCCAGCCAUUGUGAAAUGGUCUUUAGAGGCAACCCUAAUUUAGUUUCUGUGGUUAAUAUUUUGUUUUUGGAUUACUUUAUUAGGAUAACAGCCCUUCACCUUUCAUACAUAAUAAAAAUAAUCAGAUAUGUGUAGCUGAAGAAAAAUUGGCAGUUGUAGCUGGUGUUGAGAAAACAAAAGUUUUAUUUUCUGCUUCUGCUGUUAGUUGGCAGGAAUAUUUGGAAUGAAUCUGAAUGUGGAUAGUGGACUAGCUGAAUUAGUAACUCGUGAAAACAAUUGUCAAUUUUGUAGACUAAGAAUGAAAAGUUCAGUGACUGAAAAUUAAUGUUGGAUAAUUAUUGAUAUACAUUUAGACAUUUCUGCGCACUAUUGUGCUAACUGAACAUUGUACACUCUCUCUUAUCCCCAACUCUACAUACCAUCCCUUCCGCUGCCGCCGGCACCCAAGCUUCAUAAAAUAUUGGGGGAAGUGGUUAACAACUAUCUUGUUACAAGCUAGUUCUUCCUGGGAAAAUGUCAGUCUUGUUACAGUCGUGACACGAGAGAGUAUUUUUGCUUUAUUUCGGGAGCUAUAUGUUUGCUUUCUGUUUUGGAUUUGCCUUGUAGCGUGAUUACAUUGAAACUUUAACCUUGUGUAUGUGUGAAUUUCGUAGUUGACUCUCUCCUAAGCUAUUGCUAAGUUGUUGCAUUAGUGGGAGCAAGCACAUCAAGCCCUGCUAGCAUAAGCCCCCCAAGAUCUGCUUUUUUGGGCAGCAGGGUCUGAAGAAUCCCCCCAAACAGCAUUCAGUGGUAGGAGAGGGGAGAUCAUGCCACCUGGCAAGCUGAUGUAACAGUCACCUUUGUAUGAUAUUUAAUUCCACUUCUAAUGUUCAAUUUUGAGAUACUGUAACUGCAUUUUUAUAUAUACCAUGAUAUAUAUAAAAUAAGUCUCAAUGGACUUGCAUGCACCCUUCCCCCUCCUCUCUCAAUAUGGCUGCAAGAAAAGGAGAUCAGUACUAUCAUUUUAGUUUAAUUACAGUAUACUGUGCCACCCAAUGCCUAAACUGUGGUUGAUAUUAACUGUGGCUAGUGGAAACAAGCUAGCUUCAUAAAAUUCUCGCUUCCUCUAACCAUAGUUACAAUGAGCAUCUGUUUGUGUUGACACUGUAGUUAAUUUUAAACAGAAGCAAGUGCUUUUGAACUCUCUCAUAAUGCUAUUACAGUUGUCUCCCCACUUAUGCAGGGGUUAUGUUCCCAAGUACCACUUAUAUACAGUGGUACCUCGGUUUAAGUACAUAAUUGGUUCCGGAUGUCUUUAUUUAACCUGAAGCGUACUUAACCUGAAGCGAACUUUCCCAUUGAAAGUAAUGGAAAGUGGAUUAAUCUGUUCCAGACGGGUCUGUGGAGUACUUAAACUGAAAGUACUCAAACAGAGGCGUACUUAAACCGAGGUAUGACUGUAUGUGAAAUCACAUAUACGUAGUGGGGAACACGAUAGAAAAAGGCCAAAGUGCCACAAAUCCUCAAAACUCCACCAUACUUGCUCCCUCCGAACUUCCUUUUUCCAACUCUCCACAGGCCUCAAAGUUUGGUGCAAAGGAUCCUGGGAUUGCAGUUGCAAAGGCUCCUGAGAUUGCAAGCCGUUUUCCUGCUUUUUUCGGGCCAUUUUUGCCCUUUUAAUGCCAUUUUGCAGUUUAAAUCAGUUUAUUUAAUUAUUUCCUGGCGCUGCUCAUAUAUGCAGUCAUACUCAAGUUGAACACGUGUAAGUGGGGAGAUGUCUGUAUAUGACUUUGUCUGAAACAGCCCACUAAAAAUUGGGAUAUGGUGGAAAGGUUACUUUAUGGAAUUCAGGUGUAUUAAAAGUUGUGAGUAUUUUGUAGGCUUUAUGUCAAGAUUAGAGAGGUUCUUUAUGGAACACUGAAACUCAAAUGAAGAAUUUCUUGGCUUGACUCUUAGAAAGAUGGAUACACAGUAUACCUGACUUCUAGGGUCUCCUUUCUCUUGCUAUUUUGUGAAAUGACUUGUGAAAUGUGCAAGUGUGUCUUGUGUUUUAAGACUACUGUACAAAUAUUCCUGGUCAAAAAUAUUUGACCAAUGUGCCUGCUUGUUUGUUUCCUAAUGAGCAAAUGUGAAUCCUUCAGUUUAUGGUUUCGUAUUUCACUGCUUGAAUUUCCAUUGUGUAUGUCAUCUUAACCUUAUAAAUUAAAAGUUGUAAAAAGACACCCUUAUAAGAAAAUAUAUUAGGAGGAAAGCCUGCUGUUUGUGAGCUAGAGUAUGUUAUAUGUGAAAGCUAGAAGGGAGUCACCAUGUAUGGAGGUUGUAUCUUCUUAAACAUUAGAUGCUAGGUAAAAACAGGAAAUGCUAUCACUGUGUCCUGCUUGUGGCUGCCCACAGGCAUCUGGCUAGCCACAUUUGGAAAUGGGCUUGCUUUCUGAUCUAGCAAGGCAGUUCUUUUCCUAUCUAUGGAACUCAUAUUUUUAUACACUUUCUGCUACACGUGUUAGUGAACUCUAUACUUUGUACUACCCUAUACUCUACAAGCUGUUGCAGAUCUUUGUGUGGGGAGCUCUACAUGUUGAAACCUAAAAACUUAAUAUUUUCCUUCAAGCCAAUUGUUAUCUGUUCUCAAUCUUGUUUCAUUUCCUGGCUUUCAUAGGAAUCCUUCAGCUACUUUCUACCAAGUGUUCCAUUCGAACAAGUUACGGGAAUCAAAGAACCUCUGGGAUAGGUAUGAAUACUUAAGUAUGGAAAAAAGCAUACAUGCUGAAGUAUGCAUGAAUGGCUUUGCACUGUGCAGGU